AUGGUUAAGGUUUCGCCAGCUGAAACUGAACGCUAUCAUUUACGACUGUUGUUGUUGAAUGUUAAAGGAGCUACAAGUUAUGAUGAUAUUAGAACAGUAAAAAGUUUAGAUUUAAAUAUAGAGACCAGAUAUGCUACCUUUGCGGAAGCAUGUUUAGCAAGAGGUUUGAUUCGAGAUGAUGAAGAAUGGAAAAAAGCAUUAGAAGAAGCGAAUAGUUUUGAAAUGCCUUGGAAAAUGAGAGAGUUGUUUGCUUUGAUUUUAGUACAUUGUAAUCCAGCAAAGCCUGAUGAACUUUGGAGUUUGUUUAAGAAUGAUUUGGCAGAAGAUUUUGCAAAGAAACAUAGUAUUGAACUAGCAUAUAGAAAAGCUUAUUUAGACAUAGCGAAAAGAAUUGUUGAAGCGGGAAAAUCGCUUGACGAUUUUCCUACAAUGGAAAAGAUUGAUGAUAUUGACUUAGAUAUUGAAGAGAAAUUUGAUAUAGUUGAAGAAUUAGACAUAGGUCGUAAAAGCUAUGAGUCAUUAAACGACGAGCAAAGAGCAAUAGUAGAUGAGAUUAUGAAUAGGAUCUCCAAUCCCGAUGGGAAAGAAUGA